GUGGUGAAACGCUACAUUACAUUAAUCGUGAUCUAAAGCCUCACUUAAGAGCUAAGUCAAGAUUAAAGCAUUUGGUGAAACUGGGCCUAAGUGUCUGUCUUUAUCUAUAUUAAAAAUGGCGGGCGCAGACGGUUGCGAUGUAAAUCGGAGCGAAGUUUCAAGCGGAAAUAGAGGCAAAAAAGACAAUAUUUGCAGUUUAUGUGGUAAAAAAGUGUGUGACUUUGUAAAGUGCAUAAAGUGCGAGGAUAUUUUUCACCCUGCCUGCAUGAUACAAGCUAACACACGAAAAACACCGAAAUGCAUUCAUGCAUCUAUACCAACUGAUGGCGACGAUUCGUUAAUAGCUGAGAAAUCAACUGAAAGUCAGGAACCGGAGGUAGAGAUGAAAAUUCUGAAAGUGGAGAAUUACUUUCUAAAGCAGUUGCUUAGCGAGUGUCAGAGUAAGAAUAAAGUUUUAUUGCACAACAAUGAAUUACUUAUAGAAAAAAUCAUGAGAUUGGAAAAAGACAACACAAGUCAAGAUAAACAAAGCAAGAAAAACGAAGUAAACAAUCGUUUCCAAAGAUCGAGGCAGCCAAGUCCGCAUGCACUCAAUACGGAUGGAAAAUUUCAGGGUCAACAACAGAGUACUGUUGAUUCAAAUUCAGCAGGAACACAGAGUAUAGUACAUAAACAAAUCGCAAAAGAACUACGAAAUAUGAGAGAAGAUACGGAAGAACAUCCACAGAAUGAUACGUCAAAACAUAACCUAAAAUUCCAAAAAGAAAACAUCAAUGAAAAUAGUGGAGCUAUGAAUCUAAGAAUGAGUGAAGUCUGGACUGAAGUUAAAAAUAAAAAACAGACAAGAAAAGCGAGGAAUAGUCUGAUUUGCAAAGGAAAUGAAAGUUCACAGAAAAAUAUUAAAAUCAAGGGAGCAGUAAAGCGGAAAUGGUUAUUAUAUAUAUAUAUUAUAUUAUAG